AUGAGUUUGGUGAUUGAUUCAGGGAAACAAGGCCCAAAAGUUGCAUCUUCUGAUAAAACAUUUUUGCAGGAUUCAGGUGUUGUUACUAUGACACAGGGUUUUCCAAACAUUACAACUUUGUAUAUUACUGGUAGUAGUUUAACGACCUAUUUAACCCGUGAUCAGAAAACCCUUGCAAACGUGUGGAGAUUAGAAGAAAAAUUUGCAAUUAGGGUUGUUGAAAUGAACCUAUUUGUUUUCCAAUUCUUGUGUGCGGAAGAUAAAGAACGAGUUCUUGAGGGGAGACCGUGGUUUUUCGAUGAGAAAUUACUCCUUUUGCAGGAAGUUAAUGGGGAUGAGCAGCCUUCUGAAAUGGUAUUCAAACAAACUCCUAUGUGGGUUCGUCUCCUUGAUGUGCCAUUGAAGAAAAGAUCCCUGGAAGUUAUGUAUGAUGUUGGAGAAUUCUUAGGGGGUUUCAUAGAGGCAGAUGAAUCUGAUCCUCUAGGGUGGAGGGAUAGCCUGCGAAUCAAAAUUCUUGUGGACAUCAAUAAACCGCUGCGACGUGGAUUGUUCUUAGCAAUGGGGAAAAAUCAGUCGAGGUGGGUCGAUAUUAAUUAUGAGAGGCUGGCGGAUUUUUGA